ACAGGAGGUCAACCAGGAAGGGGAAGAGAGCUUGAGGGAGAGAGAGGAACAUAGAUAGAGUGACAGAGAGGAAGACAGACAGACAGUGAGUCAAGAACAAGUUUGGUUCGAAGGGGGGGAAUAAGAGCUGGAUUGUUGGCUUCGAUUGAAGAAGGUUCAGGACACAAGCUCGUAGGAACGUCUCGCGGCGACUUCCAGCAAAUAUUUCAAGCUCAACCUCAGAUAAUUCUGUCAAAGAAAACGAAAUUAUUGGUAUAAUUUGAAUCGUGGACGGAGAUUCCGGCAUCAUGGUGUACAGACCCAGCAACCUCAUAUCAAGGCAAACGAGCAAAUCUUUGAGAGAAAAUCUACAUUACUAUGGAGCAGAAGCAGGGAACGUAAAUAGCAGCAGGGCAAUGAGAAGAGCUAGACCGCAUCCGAAGGAGUGCGCAGAGCAGGAGACUGGCAGCUUCCUGCUGGAGGCAUACUCGACAUUGUUGAAAGUGUGUAAGAGGACGGAUGAGAUGCUGAACCAGGAGAUGGUGGAGCUCUCGGACGACUGCUACUCCUCCGACGACACGACAUCCGACGACGUGUCCUCCAUACCCAGGGAGAUGUUCUCAUACUCCGCAGCCAAUGUGCUUGCAGAGUUUGUUGGCUCGAGGGUCGAGAACGUGUGCUCUAGGAUGCAGGAUGCUCUACGGGUAAAGAGCACGAGCUCCUUCAAGUCGCAGAAGAAACCGUGCGGGAGCAGGUCCGUCUUCAUGCCUUUUAUCGGCUCCACCGUAGACGGGAAGUUCCAUCCUGGGUUCGAGACGUUCGAUCCGUCGCACCCGGUUCUGCCUCCUCCUCGUGGGCUUUACAGCACUGCAGUGAUCUACGAGAGGGAGGACAGUGAUUAA